UAUCACAGUGGGAAGAAUUCAGUGGUGAACUAAGUCUCUAACUGCUCGGACCGAGAUGCGUUCAGCUGUUGGUUUCUGCGUUUGCGUGCGAAUUUUCCUCGUCACCGUUGCUUCAAGCUAUGCCGUAGACUAUCCUAGAGGUCCCGGAUGCGGUGCGCUCCUCACAGGCAACGUCGUCAAUUACACAUAUACAGUCUCGAAGAAGUCUUUUAAUGAGAGCCUUGAUGAAAGUCAUAUUUUUUUGAAUAGCACAGGGGCUUGGUGUCCAUUUCGUGAUGACCAACUUGCGUGGCCAGAAUUCCAUUUUGAAAAGCAAGUAAACAUUACAGCUUUCGAAUAUCAAGGACGAAGUAACAGCCAAGACUAUAUCACGAGGCUUUCUAUCCAAUUCAGACCCAUCGUGAGGGAUGGUAUUUACUGGAACUUUUUUCCAACUCAGGAUAACCGACAGUAUUUUUAUUACACACCGACCACGGAUGCAGACGAAAUCGGUCACUUCCAAGUCAAAGGAUUGCUGGCUCAGGGAGUAAGGAUUAGAGCCUUUUCGUGGAGGAAAAUCUGCUUUCGUGUUGAGAUAUAUGGAUGUGUAAUAGUAAAUGGUGGACUAACGAAUUGGUCAGACUGGACUCGGUGUUCCAAUCCAUGUGGUAACGGAAGCAGUUUUCGAUACAGAACGUGCACUAAUCCCGCUCCGCUUAAUGGGGGAGCGGACUGCGAAGGGGACUUGUACGAGAUGAUGGAAUGUAAAGGAAAUGAGUGUUCUGUCGAUGGCGGCUUUUCUGAAUGGUCCGAAUGGAGCACCUGUAGUGUGUCGUGUGGGACUGGAUUCCAAUUACGUCAACGAAAUUGCACCAAGCCCCCUCCGGCGCAUGGUGGACAAAAAUGCGAGAGCAAAGAUUUCACAGAAGUGCAAAACUGCUCGGCACCAGUCUGCCAUUCGAAAGUUGAUGGAGGUUUUUCAGAAUGGUCCAACUGGACCACUUGUAGUGUGUCUUGUGGGACUGGAUUCCAGUUACGCCAUCGAAACUGUACCAGUCCUUCUCCGGCUUAUGGAGGAAAAAGUUGUGAAAGCAAGAAUUUUACAGAAGCACGAACAUGUAUGAUGCAAGCUUGCCAUUUGCCUGUCGAUGGCGGUUUAUCAGAAUGGUCUAACUGGACCACUUGCAGUGUGGCGUGUGGGACUGGAUUCCAAAUACGUCAUCGAAACUGCACCAGUCCCCCUCCCGAGCAUGGAGGAAAAAAUUGUGAGAGCAAGAAUUUUACAGAUGUGCGAUCAUGUAUGAUGGGAGUUUGCAAUUUGCCGGUUGAUGGCGGUUUAUCAGAAUGGUCCAACUGGACCGAGUGUAGUGUGGCGUGUGGGACUGGAUACCAACUACGUCAUCGAAAUUGUACCAGUCCCCCUCCGGAACACGGAGGCAAAAGUUGCGAAAGCAGAAUUUCGGUAGAUGUGAGAUCAUGUACGAUGGGAGCGUGCCAUUUACCGGUUGACGGCGGUUUUUCGGAAUGGUCCAACUGGACAACUUGUAGUGUCCAAUGUGGGACUGGAUUCCAAUUGCGUUAUCGAAACUGUACCAGUCCCCCUCCGGCGCAUGGAGGACAAAGUUGUAAAAGCAAGAAUUUUACAGAAGGGCGAAUAUGUGUGAUGGGAGUUUGCGAUCUGCCGGUUGAUGGAGGUUUUUCUGAAUGGUCUAACUGGACUACUUGUAGUGUGUCUUGUGGCUCUGGAUUCCAAUUACGUCAUCGAAACUGCACCAGUCCUUCUCCAGCGCAUGGGGGUAAAAGUUGUGAGAACAAGAAUUUUACAGAUGUGCGAACAUGUUUAAUGGGACCUUGUAACUUGCCAGUUGAUGGUGGUUUUUCCGAAUGGUCUAACUGGACCACUUGCAGUGUGGUGUGUGGGACUGGAUUCCAAUUACGUCAUCGAAACUGCACCAGUCCUCCCCCUGCUUAUGGAGGACAAAGUUGCGAGAGCAAGAAUUUCACAGAAGGGCGAACAUGUGCGAUGGGACCUUGUCAGUUACCGGUUGAUGGAGGAUUUUGUGAAUGGUCUUACUGGACAAGCUGUAGUGUGUCGUGUGGGAUUGGAUUCCAACUGCGUCAUCGAAACUGCUCCAGUCACCCUCCAGCGCAUGUAGGACAAAGUUGUGAAAGCAAGAAUUUUACAGAGGGGAGAACAUGCAUGAUGGGAGCUUGCAAUUUACCGGUUAAGGGUUCUGCUAAUGCUAACACCGGCGCUGGUGCAAGAGGAGACGGGGAGGAGGAAGGCGACAAUGAAUACCUUGUUGCGAUGAUAGUUUUUGCCUUGGCUCUCGCAUUUUCCAUUAUUAUUGGUGUCGCUGCCUGCUAUUUGCUUCGCGAUGGAAGCAGAACUAGCGGAGGGAUGGAAAACGUACAACUUGAUGGAAAAUUCGUUUAUGUGCUCGACGCAACGAAGACCCGAAGCCAACAAACACACACCUAGCAGUCUGAGUAGACUUUGUUCCAGUAAACAUUGUUUCCCUAUCACUGCAUUUUUUUAUACGGAAGUAAAAUAACAAAAGCACAUCUGUUUUCAGUUAAAUCCGUGCAUGUGUGUUCAGUUUGUACGCGAGUACACUUAUCAAACCAUUGUAAAGACUUUGCAAUUUAAAUAAAUAUUCACACAACCAAUUCACCAACGAG